AUGAAUUCACAUACUCUCUUCGCGAGUGAACAUACGCAAACGGAAUUAUGGAGCUCGUACUCAAGAACGCAAAUCUUUUUUAUGGUUUUAUCGAUUGCAUGGUGGUGUUUUAUGAUGGGAUUUGCAACACUCGGCUUAUCAAUUGCUCGGAGUUGUUACUCUAAACUUGACCGUUCUAAAUCAUCACAAUUGCCCACCGAUAAGGCGGAGGGCGUAUCGAUAAUACAGCCAUUAAAAGGAUUGGAUUGUAAUUUGUACGAGAACCUUGCAUCUUCAUUUCGUCAGGACUACCCAAAAUUUGAAAUAAUAUUCUCGGUUGCGGACGAAAACGAUCCUGCAAUCAAAAUAGUGAAAGAUUUAAUAAAGAGAUAUCCGAAGGUGGAUGCUAAACUGUUAAUAGGCGAGCGGAGAGUCGGUGUGAAUCCAAAGAUAAAUAAUAUUAUACGUAGUUAUGAAUCAGCCAAGUAUGACAUUCUCUGGGUAAAAGACUCUAACGUCUAUGUUGAUCCGGGAUGCUUAGGCCGUUCAAUUGAUAAACUCAAUCAGCCUAAUGUUGGUCUAAUACAUCAUCUGCCAUUUGCUGUUCGCCCGGAUACAUUUGGGUCUGAAUUAGAGAUGAUAUUUCUCAACACUGUGCAUGCAAAGAUGUAUCUAUCAAUCAACUUCAUAGGUCCAGAUAGCUGCGUAGUUGGCAAGUCAUGUGUAUACCGGAAGAGUGAUUUAGAAAAAGUAGGUGGACUGGAACACUUUGGGAAAUAUAUGGCUGAAGAUAAUUUAUUGGCAAGGGCAUUAUGGAGAAAGGGGUAUAAACAUGCAAUGACAGGUGACCUGGCAUAUCAACCGCUUGGGUCAACAUCGUCUAUAGAUUAUUUCAUGAGAAGGUCACGAUGGACGAGAAUACGCAAAUACACCGUCACUGCUGCUACUGUCGUAGAGCCAUUCACAGAGUCUAUCGUGUGUGGACUAUGUUCUGCUUACGGAUUCAAUUUACUCUGGAACAUCCACCCGCUCAAUUUCUUUGCAUUUCAUCUUAUUACUUGGUUCAUGUUCGAUCUGGCACUAUUUCAAGCAUUAAGCAAGAGAACAGUUGAAGUGGAGGAUAUACGCGGAUUCAUCAUGGCGUGGGCUAUAAGGGAAAUUACUGCAUUACCAUUGUAUCUAUAUUCAAUUGCGGGAUCCACUGUCGACUGGAGAGAUACCACUUACUUCUUAAAUAGUGAUGCAACGGCGACCAUCGUGUCUCCAUCUAAGCGGAAGCAGCAUUCUUUAUCUGUGAUUGCACCAACCAACACGCAGACACGGAGAAUGUCCUCCUCAAACGUACACCCAUGGUUGGUCUCUAUUCUUACUUCGAUUAUAUUGAUGAUUGAUAUUGUAUUGGACAUACUGCUUAAAAGUCAGAGGAAUGGUAAACCAACAGAGAGCAAGGCCGAAAAACAAGAGAAGCAUCGGAAUACUAGGAAACGACGUCGGGCAAAGGAUGAUGCGGAUGAAACGGAUGGGAAUAGCUCAGAGGAAAGAGAGAUGGCUAACCGGGACGAUCCAAUCCUUUCUGCAGCUGGGAGAUACUUACGUAGUUCACUCGGCCGAACCAGUUCAUAUCUUGGAGUACCAUACAAUGAAGAUGAAACAGAUUCAUCACCAGAUGAUCCGAUUAAUGAUGCAUCACAUAAGCGAUCGUUAUUUAACGAAAUUUUGAGAAGUGUGUCUAUUGGAUUAUCCAUGCACUUGCAAAAUGAGAAGAAUGUAAUUGAAGGACAAAGACGUUCGUCUAUUAGUGUUGCGCGGGAGAGUUUAGGCAGGGAGAGGGUUAGAGGAAGAAGUAUGUCUAUACAUGUAUAG